CAAACAAAUUCCUCACAUCCAACAUACACACACACUCUCUCUCACAUCCAACCCCAUAAACACACACACGACUUACAAAACACAAAACAAACAAACCAAAAAAUGAGCACCAAAACAGCAUGCCUAGCAAUUCUUGCAGUAGCAAUACUAGUUGUUGCCCAAGUAGAGGUGGCGAGCGGCGUGACCUGCAACCCGCUGCAGCUGAGCCCCUGCGCAUCGGCGAUCACGUCGUCGGGGAAGCCCAGCGGCGCCUGCUGCGCCAAGCUGAAGGAGCAGAGGCCAUGUCUGUGCCAGUACAUGAGGAAUCCCAAUCUACAGAAGUUCAUUAAGUCUCCUGGUGCAAAGAAAGUUUCCAGUGCUUGUCACAUUCCCUACCCUAAAUGCUGAAUCAAUGACUUACUACUUUUAUUCAACUGUCACAUGUUUUAUUACGUACUACUUAUAUGUCCCCGUUGAGACAAAUUGUGGUUCUACUAUGCUCCAUAUUAUAGUUUCAUAUGUCUCAUCUAUAUACAUAAUUUAUUUCUAUGAUCAUGAGUGUGGUCUGUUACUUGAGAAGUACUAGUGUCUGUGUCAAUGCCAUGUUUCCUGCUUGGAACUUUGGUGUGUAAUUCUGGUAAUAUAUGAAGCUGCAUUUUACUA